UUGACAGUUCAGUUUGCUAGCUUACGUCAGUGUGCUGCUAACCGCUAAAAAAGCUAACAUGAUGCUAACAGCAUGUCAGAGUGAUGUGUAUUGUGAAAUGCCACUAAUCUUUAUUUUUGUUUUGUGCCCUUUGUGUUUUGUGUGUCAUUUUUUUAUUUUUAUUCCUCCUUUUUAUGCUCCUCCCGCAUGUCUUUGGUGUUAAAUUUCCCAAAAAUCCCUGACUCUGACCUGCCUGAACCUCUGAAUCAAUAACUCUGUCAUUGAUUCUUAACUGAUUUUCUCUUUGACCUUUCUUUCCCCCUGAACUUGGUGAUUUAUUAUUUUUUUUAUUUUUCGGGUGUUUUUUGACGUGGAAUGAACUUGCUGUGCUCGUCUUUGGCACCUCUCUCACUGCACACGGUCCUGCCAUCACUUCCUGUUAUCACUUCCCACUUCGUGGUUGUAGCCCCGCCCUCACUGCCGUGCUCACCCCCUCCUUCCUGUCUAGACCCCUCCCUCCUCUCACAGGCCUCACCCCUACAUCGUAGACAUGGCGACGGAGGCAUGCUCAGCCCGGUGUUCCUGCGGAGCCACAAGAGCAUGGAGUCCGUGGACCCCCAGUUCACCAUGAGGAGGAAGAUGGAGCAGCUGAGGGAGGAGCUGGAGCUCAUGGAGCAGCUGAGAGACAUCAUCGAGAGCCGACUGAAGGUGGUCCUCCCUGAAGACCUGGGCUCGUCUCUGAUGGACGGCGUCGUCCUCUGCCACCUGGCCAAUCACAUUCGCCCGCGCUCUGUCGCCAGCAUCCAUGUCCCCUCGCCCGCCGUGCCCAAGCUCAGCAUGGCCAAGUGCCGGCGGAACGUGGAGAACUUCCUGGACGCCUGCAGGAAAAUAGGCGUGCCGCAGUCUUCCCUUUGUUCGCCCUACGACAUCACGCAGUGCCGUCUGCACCCGGUUCGCACCACCGUUCUGGCCCUGGUCGCCUUGGACACGACCCCUCCGGACAGGAAGCACGACAAGACAAUCCCAGCCAGAAGCCCCGCCCCCUGCAGGGCCUCAGAUACUCGCUCAUUAGUCUCCGUCACCACCCAAACCCCGCCUCCCGCUUGGCAGAUCUGGGACGUGAUUGGCUCCAGCUUGGUUCACGUCCUCUGCUUGGUUCUCUUGUUCAUAGCCUACAGUUGGAUUGAGCUGACGUAGCAACGAGCACCGCCUUCCACCUGGCCAGRCUCCUCCCUCUGCCCCACAGGCCCCGCCCUCUUUUUGUCACCACACAAAUCCGAGCCGUGAGAUCAUUCCCUUUGUCUUCGAUGCCUUGUUGUCACGCGUCUCAGAGUUAGAGUAGGUCUGUUGACCUUUUGAGGCAGCCGCUUUGAUUGUGGCAUGUGACUGGAAUAAACAAAGCCAUCCUUCAGCAGACAUGAGGAACACGGAGCAGAAUGAGCCACUUCCUCUACGCUUUUCUUUUCUCUUUGCAAUAAACUGGAACAGAAGCAGAACAGGACCGACUGUUGCCAUAGCGCCCAUCUGAAACAGUGAACCCGCCCACCAAAUGCACUAUAUAGUGUUACAAUAAGCAGAUUGUUUUUGAAUUUGUAAGCUAGUGGACUUUAUUGGUCCGUGAACGUUUCGUUCAAUCGUUUUGCAAUUGAGAAUCAAAACUUGAAAAAUAAUUUUAAAAACUCUUAUUCUGUUAUUCGUUCUCGUGCGAAAUUCAAAGAACUACAACAAAUCGAUGUUGUUUGUAUUUUUGACUUUAUCCUUGCAUCGUUAAUUAAACAUUUAUAAAACGCCCCCGAGACCUCAUUACAUUUUAAGUCCUGUUCCCUUGUGAAGCUCCGCCCUCCACCCCGCCCUGGUGCCAGAAGCGAUCGCUGAAUUUUAUAAGCGUUUGUGAUUUUUGAUUUGAGAAUGACGUAAAAAAAAUACAAAAAAUAUCUAUAUAUUGUAUUUUUUGAAUCUCAUGUGAAAAUGAAUAAUGAAAAGGUUGUUUUUUUUUGUUUGAUUUUUCAAUUUUCGACUUAAAAAAUAUCUAUUACAAAAUCCAGCGGCUGUUUAGGACCGUCAUGGAGCUCAGCCGGAGACGGCUGCAUUAUUUUCUAACAGGGUCCGUUUGUUAUUUUGGCUUUAGGAUCAAAGUAGAUCAGUGUAAUAUGGUGUUUAUUAAAAUCUGUUGAUUUUUAAAAAGUAAACACAGUGCUGAAUGAAAUACCAUGAAUGUAUUUCAGACAUUUUUUGGUUUGGUUAAAUCUAGUCAGGGUACAGAGUUGACAUUUAAUCUUUGAAAUAUUACUUAGUGCAAAUUUAUUUUAAGUGACGACAUGUUUAAUUAUAAAACUAUGUUGAGGCAGAGUUCUGAUCCAGAGUCAGACGAGCGACCAGGAGUAGGUAUGAGACUCUCAGUAUAAUAAUCUUAAUUAAAAUAUUCUACUGUUUUA